AUGUUGCUACAGUUAAUUUUUCUCAAUUUUCUCGCUACGAUUGGAGCCGUUCGACACAAAAGGUAUCUAGUGUACCCGGACGGAGGGCCGGCCCGUGCUCAGUUCAUUAUUGGUCUUGGUAUACCGGUAGAUUUGAAAGAAGCAUCUGUAACUGUAGGCACAGUUAUUAAAUUUCAAUACGAUUUGCCAACAAAUAGUUCAGACUACACGAGUAGAAUAUACGGAUUUGCAAAUACCGUAUCUAGAGAUAUGUAUGGUGUAACAACAGAUGAAGAAUCAAAUGAUCUUGGUGAUGUGGCUAAACUGAGCGAUACAGAAAAUGUGAUUGAUGACGGUAAAGAAAGAGAAAAAAAUACAUUAGUUGAAUUAACUUUUAAUGAGGAUAGACGAAAAAGAUCAUUAGUUUAUGCUGAAGGCGGUGCUAUAAAUAUUAACACGGCAGAUGAAACUACCGAACUGUCACUAGAAGAAGCUAUUAGGCGGCAAGAAAUUAUUGACAAGAAUAAUAUAGAAGAUGAAGAGCCGCAGAGAAUGAAUAGAUGGGACUUUUACAAAAUCAUUGAGCAUAUGGCUGAAAGAUAUGGUUACUCAGGCCGGCCGUGCUUGCUGCGAACAAUCUGCGAGGCAGCGAAGAUUCCUUUCACUCGCGAAAAUGGCUUGCUCGCAGAAAUUGGCCAUAUAUUAUUCACCCCAUCAACCACCAAAGAUACCCUAUCUCAUCAUACAGAUAAUGAGUAUCAUGCAGCAGAACGGUUCGGAAGAGAACUCGGUGUAAAUUGUGAAGAUUUGUUCCCCGAAUGUGAGGAUUCCAUAUUGGAAACGUUUACGGAGAUUGGAGAAGAAACUAUGCAUAAAUUUGGACUGUUCUAA